AUGGCAACCACCGCGCGUGGCACGAACACCGUGCAUGGUCAAGACCCACAGAACCUGAUUGAAAAAGUCAUUCGUGCGAGGAUCUACGAGUCGACAUACUGGAAGGAACACUGUUUCGCGCUUACUGCCGAGUCCAUCAUCGACAAGGCCAUCGCCCUGCACGCCAUUGGCGGCGUGUACGAGCGUCAGACGCCUACACCAUUCAUGUGCCUGCUCCUCCGCUUGCUGCAGCUCCAACCCGAAAAGGAGAUCUUGUUCGAGUACCUCUUGGCCGAAGAGUUCAAGUACCUGCGCGCCCUUGCAGUCAUCUACAUUCGCCUGACGUUCCGCUCGAUGGAGGUGUUCCAGAUCCUCGAACCGUUGAUGGCCGACUAUCGCAAGCUGCGAUACAGGGAGCCUGGAGGUGACAGCGAGGACGAAGGUGAGGUGGGCGAUACCCGCCGUUUCGUCAGUCGGAGCCCGAGCCUGAGUCCCGACCGCGUGGUUGCCGGCGAUGACGAGGACAAGCUCGAGGGAGACGUGUAA